AUGGCCACAUUGCCUAAACGAGUGGUUAAACUCGAAGAGGUUGUCCUGGGCUCGGUCGCCACUGGGGCAUUGGUGACUCGAGUGCAGCACCUGGAGGUUUGCUGCUUGGGAUCCGCGGCUGCCGGGCCGUUGCCGCAGCGCCUCGACAAGUUGGAAGAGGCCACCGGCUGCACCGCAGGGGACGGGGCUGCCGUUGCGGUGGAUGCAGCGCCUGCACCGGAGGCUGAUGAGGUGGCUGAUGCGGCAGCUUCAACACAGGUGGAUCAACCCGAGGUCUUUGCCCUUCCAGCCGCCAAACGCCGCCGGUGCAACGAGCUACGCCAGGAGGGUGGCUAUCAACUUGAAGCCAAUGCGGGGUCAGUGGCUCCAAACCCCAAGGCCUUCAAGGUCCAUCCUCUCAGAGAAGAGCAGCUGAGAUCCCUGGCAUGGAUGUAUUCACGAGAGGCUUGCAGAGACGGCUUCAAGGGCGGCAUGUUGGCAGAUAAGAUGGGCUAUGGCAAAACAGCCACCACCAUUGGGAUGCUAUCUGAGAAGCCGGGCCAAGUGCCAGAUGAGCGGCCAAGUGGGUACAUUAGGAAUCCAGCAACAUUGAUCCUGUGUCCCCCUCACUUGGUCGAGCAGUGGGAAGACGAAUUCUUCAAGUUUCUGGGUGACGAGGUACUUCCGCCCAUCCGUUUUACGGGCUCCCAGCUGUUCACCGUGCAUGGUCAAGCGGUUUCGGGGCUCAGCCAGGAAAUGCGUCGUCACAAUGCUGGGCUCAGGCUCACACCGGAGAAGCAAUUGCAAGAGGGUGACUACAUCGAAUCUCUGAAAGUUGAGCUUCCGCCAGGGCAAGUCUUCGUGACGGAGCUUUGUGGAAUCAGGACUACAUCGAGAACGGCUUUCGCUGAUAAAGCUUACGAUUUCCAACACUUUCUUGAUCAGAAAUGCCGGCAAGGAUGCACUGUGGAAGUCAUCGUGGUGAGAGAGACGAAGCCUCGCAUCAAGCGUUUCCGAGGUGAGGGGUCUUUUCGUAUUCUGACCAUUGCGAACAACACCGAUUUCGGGCGCUUGAAGCUCAAAGAUUUGCUCUUGCCUGAGCCCUUCAACGUUGUCCUGGUUUCGACCAGCAUCCUUGGCGCAAACUAUCACCAUGAACGUCUCACCGAGACCUUGAACAAUUGGCUUCGUGAAGAGGGGCAGCUUUGUCUUGGAAAAUCCAUGGGUGCUCGACAGAAAAUGCUCCGUGAAUGCAUUGACAAAUGGCAUCAGAAGGAUGGCUUUCUGGCGGCUGCUCUGCGGUCGAGCCCUGCCUUGUUGGAGACGAUGUGGUGGAACAGGAUGGUGCUGGAUGAGUUCCAUGAGUCGGAGUCCUGGGCCAACCGGGUUCGGGACGUGAUGAAAUCCCUGGGAGCCACGCACCGCUGGGGUCUCUCGGGAACUCCACCGUUGGAUACCACAGAUGCAGUCCUGGAAGUGGCCGAGUUGUUGUGGUAUGCCACAGAUGCGACCGCGCCCUUCAUGAGUGAAGCGUUGAAGCAUAGGAAAUCCCAGAAACAAUCGGCAAAGACUUGGCUGGCAAAAACAGAGAACAAGCGGAAGGACGAAUGUCAAGCGAUGAUCCGUGACGUGGUGCGGCAAAACAGCUCCCAGUUGGUUGAGGCCAUCCGCGUGCAAGAGCAUGAGGAGUUUGUGCAGUUCACUGCGCAAGAGCGGCUCAUCUAUCAACAAGCUUGCCACGAUCACGACAUGUUCGAUGAGCAGCUGGCCUAUGAGGGUGCAAGUGUCAAGACCCGUGAGGCUCUGCUGAAACGAUGUGCCCACUUUUGCCUGGAGACGGACGCAGGGGAUGCAGGCGAAGCUGUGCUUUUUCUGGGACGUCGUAAACGUGCACACAUCGAACAGCUGCAACAGCAACUGGAGCUGGAAGCGUCGAGGGCAGCGCACCUAUCCGUUUGGGAAACCGCCAAGCACGGCCUUUUGGCAGACAAAGCGCAACAUGCAGAGGCUGAGAAAUUCAUUCACGAAGUGUACCGGACCAGUGAACAGGUUUGGAAAGAGAAAGAUCCAGAGAAGAAAUGCUUCGAGAUGCAGAUUGACCUCUACGACCAAAACGGAGAACGCCGCCUUCGGCCUGAGGUUCGUUUCAAGCAGCCAUUUCGAGAUGCACAUGUCUACCCGCGUUUGAAUUUUCGACAUGUGGUUCAGCAUGCGGUGGCUCGCAAGUGUGUGCACCGUGAGCCGCAUGCUGAGCGGCUGCUAUCGCAAUUGCAGGUGUGUGCUCAGAUGCCUUGCCGCGAUCCUCAGCAUUUGCCGGUGGCCAUGUCGGCUGGCUUCCAAGUGUUAGCAAAUCUUCUAGACACAGCCCACCGAAGCCUGGAUUUCUAUACCGGGCAAAUGCGCAGCCUCUCAGACAUAGAGAGCCUGCGCAAUGAGCAAUGCUCGGUGUGCUUGACGCCUAAGGAUGACCUUGCAGCUUUGGUGAUGCUGCCGUGCUCACACAUCUUCCACCGGGAUUGCGUUCGCUCAGCGCUGGAAACAAACCCGACGUGCCCAUAUUGCCGCGCUCAUGCGCCCAAGAAAUCCAUGUCAUCGGUUUUGCUUGAGGUGGAAGUGGCCACCUCCGCGGCUGAGCCGCUGCCGGCGGAGCUGCGGUCGCACGGCUCCAAGCUGCUGGCGGUGGCUCGGCGCCUGCAGAAGAUCCGCGCCGAGGAUCCCAAGGCGAAGGCCAUCGUCUUCGUGCAGUGGCAGGAGCUCGAGAACAAGGUGGCGCGAGCACUCCAGGGCCAUGGGCUUCCAGUCCUUCAAUUGCCACGGGGGAAGAAUGCCGGCAGAGAGAUGGCCGCAGUGAUGAAGUCAUUCACGACCUCUGAGGAGGCCUUUGUCUUGUUGCUGUCCCUGGAGCACGCGGCUUCUGGUUCCAACCUGACGGCUGCCAAUCACGUGAUCUUCGUCCAUCCGAUGAAUGCCGAUACCCUGAGCUCUGCAGUGGCCUACGAGCGCCAGGCUUUGGCUCGUGUUCGGCGGGUUGGCCAGGAACGUGCAGAGGUUCACGUGUGGCGCUUCGUGACUCGUGAGACCGUGGAAGAGCACAUGCACCAGUUGCAUUGCCGAGCAAAUCCACCAGAUCAAGCUCGAGCUGGUGGUGCGUGA